AUGAAUUUGUGCAAGGAAAUGCUGUAUACUACUUGUCAGUCAGUCAGAAAUCAAGGUUCUUAUUCCCCGAUCUCGUGUGUGGCAUCGCAUCAGCUUCGCCUCCUCUACUCUUCGCUGAGCACUGCGAUAGCGAGUUCGUGGUCGCGGGCGCUGACGCAGAUCUCGCCCUACACCUUCGCCUCCGUCGGCAUCGCCAUCUCCAUCGGCGUCUCGGUCCUCGGGGCCGCCUGGGGGAUUUAUAUCACCGGGAGCAGCUUGAUUGGUGCCGCGAUCAAAGCCCCCAGAAUCACCUCGAAAAAUCUCAUUAGUGUUAUCUUCUGUGAGGCUGUUGCUAUAUAUGGAGUUAUCGUUGCAAUUAUCCUACAAACGAAGUUGGAAAGUGUGCCAGCAUCGAAAAUAUAUGAUCCAGAGUCUCUAAGAGCAGGAUAUGCAAUUUUUGCUUCUGGGAUUAUUGUGGGUUUUGCAAAUCUGAUGUGUGGGCUUUGUGUAGGAAUAAUUGGAAGCAGUUGUGCUCUAUCCGAUGCUCAAAAUUCAACACUUUUUGUGAAGAUUCUGGUCAUUGAAAUAUUUGGCAGUGCACUUGGGUUAUUCGGCGUGAUUGUUGGAAUUAUUAUGUCAUCGCAAGCAACAUGGCCAGCAAAAACAACAUGAGCUGUUUUCGUCAGGGCCAAUGAGCUUCAUUUGUUCCCUGAAAGAUCAAAUCUGUGCAGUAUAUCUCAAUCAUGAUCAGCACUCACAACUUUCUUCAUCAGAGAUCUCUAUAUCCAUCCCUCAGCUGAAGUUGCAGUUUCGUUUCAUCUUCUGCGAGUUCCAUUCCGUUCCUCCUUUGAUCUCCACAAUCCCGGCCGAGCAGC